AUGUAUUAUUUUUUGGUUUCACUUAAUUAUUUGAGUUAUGAUUUUUCUAAUAUAAAAAAUCAUUUAAAUCAUGAACAACCAUCAAUUAAUAUACUUUUUCAAGCAAUAACUCGACGUUCAGCUAAUGAAAAUACUGAUAUGGAAUGUUUAGAAGUUUUAGGGGAUUGUUUUUUAAAAUUAGCCGUAUCAAUGUCAUUAUAUUAUCGUUAUCCCAUCGCGAACGCUGGCAUAUUAACAAUAGAAAAGGCAAAAGAAAUUUCAAAUGAGAAUCUUUAUCGAUUAGCAGUAGAAAAUAAAUUAAAAAAUUAUUUAUAUUGUGAAAAAAUAAUUUUUCAAGGUAAAGAUUCAAAUUGGCUACCACCUGGUUAUAUUGUUAAAAGUAAUAAUAAUGAAAAAAAAUUUACACAUCAAAUAAUAAAACGUAAAGCAUUUGCUGAUAAGAUUGAGGCAUUAAUUGGAGCUUUUUUAAUGUCAAGUAAUUUUAUUACGACAAUUAAAUUCAUGCAUUGGCUUCAACUCGAUGUUAUUCCAUUAGAUCAGAAUAAUCAUAUUAUGUCAAUACCACCAAUAAUAGCUUCUGAAUUGGAUGAUGAGAUCAAACAAAUUUAUCAUAAUGAAGGAUUUAAAGAAAUUGAAAUUAAACUUAAUUAUGUUUUCCAAAAUAAAGCAUAUCUUAUUACAGCUUUUACCCAUUCAUCGAAAUCUAAACAUUGUAUUGUGAAUUCAUAUGAACGACUAGAAUUUUUUGGCGAUGCUCUUCUUGAUUUUCUCGUUAUACGUUAUAUAUUUCUCAAUUAUGAUAGAAAUACUACACCAGGUCGAGUAACUGAUAUUAGACAAAACCUAUCAAAUAAUAAUCAUCUAGCAUAUAUACUAGUUUCAUUUAAUCUUCAUACAAAAAUUCGUUAUAAUUCAAAUGAAAUUUCAAAACAUAUUCAAUCUUAUGUAAACAAUACAAAUAUUCAUCAUAGUACUAAUUCGCCAGUACCAAAGAUCCUAGCUGAUGUAUUUGAAGCACUUAUAGCUGCGAUCUUCUUUGAUGCGAAUAACUCAUUAGAAUUUGUAUGGAAAAUUAUUGAACCAUUUCUUGGAGAAAUUCUUGAUCGAUCUAUUGUAAAUCCUAGUUUAAAUCCGAUGAGAAGAUUUUCUGAUAAAGGUGGUAAAAUCAUCCAAGAAUUCACAGAUGAAACUGAAUCUAUUUGUCUCGUACAAAUGCCUAAUGGCACUUAUUAUGAAGGUCGUGGAAAGAAUAAAAAACUUGCUAAAUCUGAUGCUUGUCAACAAGCAUUAAAUCAUAAAGAUUGA